AUUCACUUCGUUGCUGUAUUUCAUUUAUGGCGGACGUUUCUUUUUUGUUCUUGCAAAUUUUUAGUCUUCAAAUUUAACGCACUACAACUAUUAAUAGUGUAUUAUACAGUGUGUCAAUGAAAUAUAAGAAAAAAAAUUGUGUACCAAGAAAACGUCUUGCGUCGCCGAACACCUGUGAUACAAUUUGUGUGAACUGUUGAUUUUAUUUCAUUUUGAUGAGAAAAACAUCACAAUUUUUUUGGUGGAAUUUUUUUUAAAUUCACAUCAUUUUAGUUUGUUUGUUUAUUGUUUUGUACGUUUUUGUAGUUGUAUUCAAACGUCCUGUCUCGACGACUUCAUACAAUGAAUAUUGAAAUGGAAUGUUAAAAAACACUGAAUUCUGUGACAAAUUUCCAAAUGAACACAGUGCAUUGCCCGAAGCGACAACGAAAAGGUGCGCCAAAGUGCAGUUUACAGUUUCAUUGUAAAGUCAGACAAGUGAUAAGAAAUCACUGAAAUAGGCAUGAAGAAUUGUAAUUACGCUCCAAAUAAUGAUUCGAAUAAUAAUUCACGAUCUUAGCUAAUUGACUGCAGUGUUUUUAUUCGCAUGUAAAAUAUUCCAACGAAAAAUAAUAAAAACAUCAUCAACAACAACAACAAUAACAACACCACAUAGACGUUGAAAACAGAGACGCCAAAAUCCAUAAAGUGCAAAUAAAUAAACAGAGAGUAAUAAAACACCUACAUUGUGUAUCGAUUGUUUUAAACUCACAAGCGAAGAUUCUGUGCCGCUUUUUUUCGAAUAUUUUUGUAAUUUUGUUCGAUACACUAAACAACAAUAAUAAUGACACGACUCACAGAGGAAAUGGUAAUCGCGAGAUCCAGACAAUCAGAUCUUGCUUCAAUCAAAAAGCUUAAUUGCUGGGGCAGCGAACUUAGCGAUGUAUCGAUCAUUAGACGAAUGCGUGGUGUGGAGGUGCUAGCAUUGAGUGUAAACAAAAUCUCUUCUCUUAGCGAUUUUGAAGACUGUCACAAACUCCAAGAACUGUAUCUCAGGAAAAACAACAUUAAAGAUAUCAACGAUCUGGUCUACUUACAGGGAUUGCCGCAUUUAAAAAAACUAUGGCUCGAAGAAAAUCCAUGCGUCGAAAUGGCUGGCCCAAAUUAUCGGCAAAUUGUUUUGCGUGCGUUGCCAAACCUUGAGAUGUUGGACAAUGUGGGUGUUACAUCAGAAGAAUUGGCUGAUGCCAUGAAAGGUGGUCAUGCAGUACAAAGUCAAGAGGAAGUCUAUGAAGAUGCCUAUUCAAAUGGGCCCACUCAGCAGCAAGCCCCACAACAGCAGCAACAACAACAAUAUCGCCAACAAAGCCCCGUCAGAGAGUUCAAUCAUCAUCAUCAAAAUCCCGAGACAGAUCAUUUAAUCGAUUCCCAUGACCGAGUAUCCGUACCUUCUUCACCGCAACAGAAAUCACCACCGAAUCAAGAAUAUUCUCCCGCUGAGCCAAAUCAUCCACCAUCGCCGAAACAACGUGAUUAUCGAUCUUCAUACCAUCAACAAUCAUAUGAUAGAUCACCUGGUUCAGAUGAAAUUCAGAAUACUAGCGGUUAUCGUGAACGUCCGCACAUUGUGCCGAGCAUGUCAACUCAUUCAAUGAAGGAAUAUUAUCAAUCAGAUCGACCAAUGCCAGCUCAUUAUCGCCAUAGUCAAAGUGAUUUAACUGAAUGGGAUGAGCCAAAUCAUAGUACACCACAACAGCGUCGUAGCGGCGGUCCCAACGUAGAACGAGAUGCAAAUUAUCCAUACCGAAAUGGUUCGCGUGAAAAAGAAGAAUGGGAUGAAAAUGAACGAGGUCGGCCCAGAAGACAAGAUGGACGAUUCAGUGAUACAGCCAGUGUUGUAUCAAACGCAGUUCUCAAUCAUUACGCUAGUUAUCAUAGGAGACCCGUUAACAGAAGUUCGAAUUUGUUAUCGGCAACACUCUGUCUCGUUAAGGAGUUGGAUUAUCCAAGUUUGGAAGUAGUUGAGCAUGCAGUUCGAUGUCGCAUCGAUGAGCUGGCGGCCGAAUGACAAAAAGUGAAUUUAUAACAACUAAAUAGUUAUGCAUCUAAACCGAAUUAGGCGAUUAAUUCGAUCUUAUACACAGACAAUUAUUUAAAAGACAAAAUUAACAUUAACUGACAAUAUUUUUACUCGAAUAUAAACAACUAAGUUCUCUAAUUUAUAUUCAUUACAAAAAAAACUAAAAUCGAAGACGAAUGCGAACUAAACUAAAAUGAAUUACACAGCGCGGAAUAACUUUCGAUUGUAAUACCCACAUGGUCUGAAUGAAAAACUUUUUGUAAAUUAACUUUAAAUAAUUCUAUGGAGCCUACGAUUGAUAAUAAGCGAUCCGAUAAUAAUAUUGCUAAAAACUGCUUUGUUUUUUUUUUCGUUUCAAGUUAUAAAAUAACCGUAAAAGAAGCUUCUGUAUUAUACUCAGUUUCGUUUUGUUAAUUUUAUUACAUUGUUUAAAUAAAUAUGCAAUUAGAAAAAAAGAAAUUAUAAAAUAUACCUCCGAAUUAAUUAGCUAUGAAUGUCUCUAAAGAAAAUAUUUUCACAUAAACAAACGCGGCAUGGUAUGUUUCAACGAAAUAAAAUUCGAUAAAAUUUUGAACUAGCAUGAUUAUAGAUAAUUAUUAUAGAGCUUAAUAGACACGUGCAUGUAAAAAUGCAUCAAUUCUGCCGUUAUGUACACGUCCAUUAUUAUUAGAGAAAUCAGCAAACUAUUCCAUACGUAUUACACGAAAUGGUCGAGAACAUUUCAUCCGUUUUUGUUUGAAGUUCUUAUGAAUGUAUUGAUAGUGUUCCCUCAAAACUCUUGCCAACCAUUUAAAUGUGACGCCCAAUUAACAUGCAAAAUGAAUAUUUAAAACAUAUUUUUGUUUAAUAAAAAUUUAUUAAAGCUUUCUUGAUUUAUAAAAAAACAACAAA